UGAAGAAUUCCUAGUCUGAUACCCACCGCAAUGAGGCACUUUACAUGUAUUGUGGGCCAAGAAACAGGGAACACUUCUAAAUGCCGAAUAGUUUUGCGUGGCCUUAGCAAUCGACGCUGUUUUAAUUUCUGACCAUUAAAAACCACCUGGACUGUUCAAGUUAGUGUUGUUGUUUAGUUCCUUUUGCUGAAGAUCACGAUUAAAUUGUUAAAGUGAACUGACAGAGAUGGAAUGCCAGUCCUCACGAACACUGGCGAUUCAACAUUAAGCACCAGGAUUCAUGUAGGUGCUGUUUUGUUUGGAGAAAGUGGCAACUUUACCUCAAGGAAGUGACAGUGGUUUGCAUUUGGCACUUACAGUUCUCUUGAGCAAAACAAAUUCUGGCUUUGAUACACAUUGUAUAAGGCUGUCAUUAGCCUGUGACACUGAAGAGACGCGGACAGUGACUGACAGCUGUGUCAACCAGUGGCAAUGGCAGAGGAGACACGGAGGGGCGGAGCCGAGGGGGAGGGGGAGCAAGGGCCUGGUCAGAAUUACAUGCACUUUGUCAUCAUGGAGGAUCUGAUGGACAAGCUGAAGUUGAUGGAUUAUGAAGAAGGCUUUCUGAAAGGCCUUGGCUUCAAGCCACUAUCAAGGCAUUACUUUGCUCUGCCCACCAAUCCUGGAGAGCAGUUCUACAUCUUCACAUCCUUAUCAGCGUGGCUCAUCAACCAAGCAGGCAAACAAUUUGACCAACCUCAGGAGUAUGAUGACCCCAAUGCAACCAUCUCCAGCAUUUUGGAUGAGGUGCGUCGCAUUGGAGCUGCCGUGGACUUUCCACCAGCCAAGCUGAAGGCUGGAUGGGGAGAACACUGCAUCUAUGUCAUUGACAAACUGGCAGAUCAGGCACUGCGACAGACAAGCUUCAAAUGGGGCAGGCCAAUUUAUCCUGAGGAAGAGAUGGAAGAGGAAUCAGCUAUUGAAGAUGAUGUAGAAGUCACCUUGGACAAAGCAGAGGAGGAGAUGGCGGACAUCGAUGAAGAUCUGGAAGAAGAAGAAAGUUUCUUGGAUCUUGAGGGACUGAGAAAUCUGAAAACAAAGGACACAGGAGAGACGUCUCGUAUUGAGGAGAUCAUGGAAUCAACGACGGACGCCAGCGAAUGGAAGCUGGAAGUAGAGAGAGUCGUGCCAUCUUUGAAGGUCCACAUUCGGACUGACAACAAAGAUUGGAGAACACACGUUGACCAGAUGCAUCAACACAGGGACGGCAUACAGUCUGCACUGACCGAUACAAAGGGCUACCUGGACAAGCUGCACAAGGAGAUCAGUCGGACUUUGGAAAAGAUCACCAGCCGUGAGAAGUACAUCAAUAAUCAGUUAGAACACCUGCUACAGGAAUACCGAGGCAUGCAGGACAACUCAGCCGAGAUGAAGGAGCAGUAUCGUCAGGCCAGUGGGGGUGUGACGGAGCGGACACGGACUCUAGCUGAGAUUACUGAGGAACUUGAGAAAGUCAAGCAAGAAAUGGAGGAGAGAGGUUCCAGUAUGACGGACGGAUCACCCUUAGUUAAAAUCAAGCAAGCCUUGCAACGUCUGAAGACAGAAAACACCCAGAUGGAUGUGCGGAUCGGUGUGGUGGAGCAUUCCUUGCUUCAGGCCAGGCUUAAGGACAAAAGCAACCUGCAGAAAGACAUGAAUGAGCCAGCCGGACAGUUUGCAUUCUGAUAGGAUUCAUCCUCAUGUUUUGUAAUGAUUGUCCCAUCAAACCCUGGUUUGUCCCUGCUUGACAAUUGAAAGCUCAGUGUACCUAAAUUCUCAUCCAGGACAUUAAAAGCCACUUGAGGGGGAUUUCCACUGCUCAGCCUUGUCUUCGUCUCGGGCUUUGUCGUUGAAACCAGUACCUUCUCAUGUUUGAAUUCAACAGAAAUACUCGAGUACUUGCAUUGCUGGCAUGUAGUUUAAGUUUUGUCAGCAGCAUUGACCUAUCAUUUUAAAAACCUUUCAGCUUAAAGCUCUGGGGGUUGAUUAUCAGGUAGAGCCUGAGACUAGAGACUAAGCAGAGUAGUCACAUCCCAUCAGGUCAAAAGUCUAAAUAAGGGCCAUACAUGUACUUGGCUGGUUCUCUUACACUGUCUAGUCAUUCACAUGCAACAUUAUUCAGAAGCCACAGUAGCCUACAUAGAUUCAUGUAGCACCUAGCCACAGCUAGACCAUUUAGAGGCAGCCACAAUGAGUACUGAAUGUCUUAUCAUAGACUACAAUUGGAAGUCUUAGCAGGAGCUGGAUAAUGAAGGGCACUUGUCUUAAAGCUAGCGGCUGUGGCUAAUUCACAUUAGCAUUGUCUAUUGCUGUCAGCCACAAACUGGUUACCUGUCAAAGUCAUACUGUAUGUGCUCUGAAAGGAAGGAGCAGUAGCCAAUGGGAGCUGCUCUUCGCUGGUUCCCAUCGGCUUUCAUUGUGUGAUAGGAGUCACUGCAUACCAGUGUCAUAGAUUGAGUGGGGUGGGCGGGGCCCUGGUGGGUUUUAUUUGGGGGGGUCAGGGUUCAGUGAUGUGUACAGGGUUCAGUGAUUUCGGCUGUCCCUGCAUGAAAACAAAAUGAAUCCCCGCUAUUGUCAUAAUGAAGUAUUCUUUGUGUUGAAAUUGCAUUGACUGACUUAAACAUGUAGGUAUUUACCAAAACUUAGUUUUUUUCUGCUGUACAAUGUGUGUGUGAAAUUGAAAUGACAAUUUUUGUAAAUAUAUAUAAGUAUUCAGGAAGGUUUUGUGUGUCCGGUAAACAUUGCAUUGUGAGAUAACAGGAUGGUAAGAAGACAGGGUUAGCAAUGAAUGGAAUCAAUUGUUAAUGUUUGAUGAUGCCUCCAACAAAAUGCAACCACGGGUGGCAUAGGUUUGUACCUUGAUGUCUUUUUUGUAGUUUUUUCCUCAAUUUUUUCAGGAGCCGGGCCACAUAAGAAAUGAUACAUAACAUUUGAAUGUUAAGCAUUUGUACUAAAGGGUUUCAAUGUAAAUUCAAAAUGGUUGUACAAGAGUUCCAGAAUAUAUUGUAAAAUGGUUUGUUGCAAACUGUGAAAGUGUGUAAUAAUAUCCCGUGGUGAACCUCAUCAUUUCAA